GUGAUACAACGAAUGAAGCACCAAAGUUUUCGCGAUAAUAGCGUAUCUCACGCAUGCGCAUCUUCUAUCUAAUCAAAAAUAUCAUCCCCGAUGGAUUCUGUUUCUAAGCCGAAGUUCGUCAUUUUGGGAGCCGGAAUAAAUGGUCUCACGUGUGCCUUUCGUCUCUCUGAAAAGUAUCCUCGGGCGGGAUUCGAAAUAAUCAGCGAGAAUUUCACUCCGAACACCACUAGUGAUGUAGCGGCCGGACUAUGGGAACCAUAUCUGCUGGGAUCAACUCCGAUGGAAUUGGUGAGGAAAUGGUCCCGUGAGACGUACAAUUAUUUUCACGGAAUGUGGAGAACGGGAUAUGCAAAUGAGUGCGGAAUUUGUCUCGUGCCAUGGAUUGGACUCUGCUUGGAAGGUAGUGAAAUGGAAGAUGUUUUCUGGAAGGAUUUUGUGUUUGGCUUUAGAGAGAUAUCUGGGCAACGGCUACAGAGAAUGGGAAAAGAACACAAUACCGCAUACUGCUCGGGUUACGAGUUUGUAACCUUCACCUGUGAACCUACGAAACUGUUGCAAUUUUAUACCAAGAUAUUAGAGUCACGUGGUGUAAAGAUUCGCAAACAGAGAAUAGAAUGUUUCCAAGCUCUCGAAGUAUCUCCUGAUUCCAUCGUAAUCAACUGCCUGGGACUUGGAUCGGGUGAGAUUAUGACAGACGCUCAGCUUAAACCAACACGAGGUCAAAUUCGGCGCAUCAAGGCAAACUGGAUCUUUCACGCCUUCGUGAACGGAUCGGCGUACGUAAUACCGAAUACUGAGAGUGUGACUCUCGGUGGGACUAAACAGAAAGGUGACAACGAUCUCAACGCAAGAGCAGAAGAUGCGGAAACAAUUCGAACCGGAUGUUAUGAUUUUUUGAAGGCUCUGAAACACGCACCACUUGUGGGUGACCUGGUCGGAUUGCGGCCUACGCGAACCUCGCUGAGGCUGGAGUUAGAGUGGUUCGGGACCGAAAAUCGCAACCGUUUCCCGGUGAUCCACAAUUACGGCCAUGGUGGAAGCGGAAUCACAUUAGCCUGGGGGUGCGCUGGAGAGGUUUUGCAUAUCGUACACAAUGUGCUUUGUGGUACAACCACUGGAAGUUGCCAUGACUGUCCUAGAGGGGGAUCAAAACUUUGAUGGAUUUCGUUGGCCUCGUCUGAGAAGGAAAUACAGUCUUUAUUUACAACAACAA